UAAUCCCUGAGCCACAGCUGCCACCGCAGCACCAUCAGCAACAAUGAUUGUAGAUGGCCUGGGGCUCAGAAUUCGAGAAUAGAGGUGAUUGCAGGACGUAAUGGUUGAUGCUACUGGCGGAAAAGGCGAGCUACAAUACCAUGUGUUAACGCAGCACGGAGCUGAGUACGAUUCUUGGAGACCAAGACACAUACCGAUGCAGCGCUCGAAGCCGUCGAGUGGGUCGUUGCGAUGUUCCGGAUGUCAUGAGAGGUAUUCGCCGUAUGAGUUGCAGCGAGAACAUAUCUUGCUCCGUGCUAGUCGGGAAGCUUGUCUGCGAGUUGUCGAGGAGCACAAGCAAGCUUCAUUGAAGUCGACAGCGAUGGCUGGGGUGGAGAUAAAGAUGGGGAGGGACUUCGACUUAGAGAUGGAUUCGGAUUCCCGCAAAGCAUCCAAGGAGAAGACCAUCAAAGCAGUCAACCCACCUGAGCGCAAUUCAAACCUUUCACAAAGCAGCACAACUACCAUCCAGCCCCAGACCAGAGCAAAAAGCCGAGCAAAUCAACUACAUUGA